AUGGUCAAGUACUUUUCCGUGGACUGGCUGGCCCAGAGUCACCAGGGCCCUCAGGGCCCCCAGGACCCCCAGGGCCCCGCGGAGGUGCAGGAGCGCAGACCGCACGUCCCCUGCCUGGUGCAGCCGAGCGCGCCCGCGUUUGGGAAAGGUUACCUGCAGCCAAAACCCAAACCGUCCAGGCCUGCGGAACUAGAGGAGAUCCGGGGACCCCAGGACAGUUUCUGCUCAUCUCUAACUCCAGCAAAGUGCUCAUCACCAAUUUCAGAAGUGAGCGGUUAUUCCUCGGGCUACGAGAGCGAAGCUGCUUCCUCGGAGUGUCUGUCCCUGCAGGAGGAAGGAGAAACGGAGAAAGACGGAUCGCGGCGCCGAGUGCGCACAAAGUUCACCCCGCAGCAGAUCAGCAAGCUGGAGAAAAUCUUCUGCAAGCACAAAUACCUGGACGCCGGGGAGAGAGUGAAGACUGCGCAGAGGCUGAACCUCUCAGAAACUCAGGUUCGGACCUGGUUCCAGAACCGCAGGAUGAAGCUGAAGCGGGAGAUGCAGGACUACCUGUCCCCCCAGAUCCCCCCGGCCUUCCAGCCCCUGCACCGGGUCCAGUACCAGGUGGUGCCCGGGCCCGGGCCCCGCUACCCGGACACGGGCCGGGGUCUGUUCCCGCUCCCGCUCCCGCUCCCGCAGCUGCUGCUGCAGCACCAGAUCCCGCUCCACCCGCAGCACGUCCUGAUCCGACACCCGCAUUUCUACUGA